CAUCCAGGGCUUCCUCUCACCGCCUUUCCUCCGGCUCACCCCUAGAGGAUCCCCGAUCUCCCUUCUCCAUGGCGUCGCUCCUGUGCUGUGGGCCGAAGCUGGCCGCCUGCGGCAUAGUGCUCAGCGCCUGGGGAGUGAUCAUGUUGAUAAUGCUCGGAAUAUUUUUCAACGUCCAUUCCGCUGUGUUAAUAGAGGAUGUUCCCUUCACGGAGAAAGAUUUUGAGAAUGGCCCCCAGAACAUAUACAACCUUUACGAGCAAGUCAGCUACAACUGUUUCAUCGCCGCCGGACUUUACCUCCUCCUUGGAGGCUUCUCUUUCUGCCAAGUUCGGCUCAAUAAGCGCAAGGAAUACAUGGUGCGCUAGAGCGUGGUCCCGUUUCCCCUCUCCAGAGCCUUCCUCUAUUUAAAGACUCCUUACACCCCCUCACCUGGGUCGCGUCCCACCCAUCCUAGCCCCCUCUGAGGGACUGGGUUUCCCUGGCGAGAAACUGAAUCCCUUGUUCCCCCUCGGGCCCCAGUGGAGGUGGCUGGGACUGGCCAUUGACUGUCUCUCCAGCUCCCUCGCUUUGUCUUGUACCACAAUAAAGAAAAUCUGCUCUUGUAA